AUGGAGGCCACCGAGCAAACAAUUCCACACAUCUCCGCCGCCAAGCAGGACCGCAUCCUCAUCUGGCGCAGCGAAGUCGCCAACGCCUCCCUCGACGCCGAGAGCAGCACCACAAACGACGGCGCCUCCUCCUCGGCCACAUCCACCACCACGUCCUCGUCCUCCUCGCGGUCCGCCCUCGUCGUCGCCCGCUCCCGGGACAUGCUCUCCAAGCUCGCGCACAAGCUCCGGCCCUCGUCCUGGCGGGGAGCUGGACGCCGUCCCGAGGAUGAUGACGACGCCGUCACGAGGACCGCCAUGUACGCGACGCUGUCGCCAGACUACAAUCCAGACGACGACGACGACGACGAAGAUGCGUUAGAUGACGGAGAUGCACCGGCGCGGGAUGCGGCGCUGAGGGAGAAGCAGCAGAGGUUGAUGCGCGCGGCGAGGCUCCUCGACAAGGAGCCCCGCGUGUAG